UAGGAAACAGUUCUGAGAAACACAUGUGGGAAGGUGGUAUGCGAUAUGAACCUGCUGACUUGUAACUGUAGUUAUAGAUUUUUAUAAGAAUCAAGGUGUAGGGUUUAAACAGACGAUCGAGUAAAUGUUGAUUACAGGAUGUUGCCUGUGUAGCUAGGUUAGAUACAUUUUGUAAGUUACUCUCACUGGUAACUAGUCGAGUUUCUCCCACUGGUAUCAUUUAGGGUGCAUUUUACACGGGUGUCGUAUUAGUGUUUUAACAGUAUUGCAACAACUGUAGGGGUCACUAAAGAGUCCCUAAAAGUAAGAUUACCAGAGAUUCACAGACACGUCUGUUGAGCCUGGUUUAUGGUGAGAGACAGUGUCUUCUCAUAUUCGCAACGUCUUUUAUUUACUUCAACAUGGAGUUGUCCACAACUGUAAUGUGAAAGGCGUGCUAGCAGAAUAGAGCAGUGUAGUGGCGGGACAGGUUAUUGGUAAGUUUAGCGCCUGUGUUGCUACAGUAUACUGAGUCCUUGACACAAACUCAAACCCUGUCGCUCACGCGGCCCCACGAUGAGUCUGUUGCCACGCACCGCGGAGGAGUUCAGCUCAGCGGAGUACUGGGAGCGCUUCUUCCGCCGGCGCGGUGACCGUGCGUUCGAGUGGUAUGGUGGAUAUACUGAUCUGUGCGGGGUGUUACACAAGUACAUCAAGCCUCGGGAUGAGGUGUUGGUGGUGGGCUGUGGGAACUCGGAGCUGAGUGAGCAGCUGUACGACGUGGGGUACCAGCGGCUGACCAACAUCGACAUCAGCGAGACGGCCAUCGCGGCCAUGAGCCAGCGCAACGCCGCCCGCCGCCCCGGGCUGACCUUCCUGCGCGUGGACGCCACGCAGACGCCCUUCGAGAGCCAGCAGUUCCGCGCCGCCCUGGACAAGGGCACGCUGGACGCCAUGGCCUCCGAGGAGGGGGGUGCCGCGGAGGGGGGCCUAGCGAAGAGGAUGCUGGUGGAGGUGGGGCGCGUGCUGGGCGUCGGGGGGCGCUACGUGUGCGUCUCGCUGGCCCAGGAGCACGUGCUCAAGCUGGCAGUGGAACACUUUGUCGGGGAGGGCUGGGCGGUCAGGGUGCACUGCCUGGACGGGCAGGGCGGCACCUCUGACCCCGAGUCGUCCUCCUGUGCCCUGCCCGUGUUCGUGCUGGUCUGCACCAAGUUCCGGCAGCCCCCUCCAGCUCCGCUGCUGGAGCUGUGCCAGGGAGAGGAUGGCGCCGCCCAGAGACAUACCACGGUCCCCGCCUUGCUGGGGGCGGUCCGGGAAUGCCAGGCCUACGCCCUCCUGCGAAGCCGCCUGCGCACGGGCACAGAUCCUGCCCACAGCCCUGCCCUGCAGCUGCUCCACCCCCCGUCUGGACGGCCCCGGUACACUCUGCACGUCCUGGACAGUCCUCCUGGCACCAAGGUGCCCCGCGCCAACCACUUUGCCAUCUUCAUCGUUCCUCAGGGCCGGGAAACCGAUUGGCUGUAUGGCUCGGCUGAGGGGCGCGGCCAGCUGGCACGAAGCGCAGCCUUCCGGCGGCUCGUCGUCGUGGCGAUGCACAGGGACCAGCAUUACCAGGACAUGCAGGCUGUCCAAUCAGAGCUGUCGUCCAUGGUGAUGGAACUAGCUCCGCCCGGGAUGCCGACCAAUCAGCAGGUGCCCUUCCUCUCAGUGGGCGGAGACGUGGGCUGGCGCGAGGUGGUCCACCGAGGGGUGAGCACCUUCAGUGGCGAGUUUGCGGUGGAGGAUGUGCGCGGCGAGGACGGGCAGCUGUACCGGCGCCUCAUCUUCCUGGACAGCGCCGGCGUGGUGCAGUCGGAGAGCCGGCUCGGCCAGCCCAGCGAAUAG